AUGCUGUUGCCGACCAACACUCGCUUCCAGCCGCCCAUUCCUAACAACCUGUUGAUUAACGACGGCGCGCCCGCCAACUACAACUUCCAGAAGGGCAAGACGUACCGUUUCCGUGUCAUCAACUACGCCGCUUUUGCCUCGUUCAUGUUGCACUUCGACUCUCACGACAUGAACCUGAUCAUGAUCGACUCGGCCUACAUCAAGGAGAAGCUCACAUUCCAGAUCCGCAUUGCUCCGGCUCAGCGUUACGACAUCCUGAUCAAGUGUAUUGAGCGUGACAACCGCAACUACGGCUUCCUCAUCUCUGCGGACGUCAACCGUGACUGGACCAACAAGGCCCAGGCACAGUCGUGGCCCAUGAACUACACUGGCCAACUGGUCAUGUUCCCCGACAGGCCUUUCGGCACCGACUCCGUGAAGGAGUGGAAGCCAUCUGACGAUGCUGUCUAUGAGCCCUACGGAGAUGCCCCCAUCCUUCCCCCUGCCACCAAGACCCUCCAGUUCGACUGGCAGUUCUGCUUCGACGCCAAUGGCAUCCCUCGCUCCUGCGUCAACGGCUCUCCGUACGUGGACCAGAAGGUGCCUACUCUGUACACCGCUGCCACCACUGGUGAGAACAACACCAACCCCCUCGUUUACGGCAACAUUCACCCCUUCGUUGUCCAGUACGGUGACAUUGUCGACAUCGUCGUCAACAACAGGGAUGCCGCCGUCCAUCCCUUCCACCUUCACGGUCACCACUUCCAGGUCGUCAAGCGCCCUGCCACCGGAACUGGUGACUGGCCUGGUGCUCAGCGCGCUCGCCUGAACCAGAAGCCUCCUCGUCGUGACACCGUCUCGGUCAUGGGCAACUCUUACGCUGUUCUCCGCUUCGAGGCUACGAACCCCGGUGUCUAUCUCUUCCAUUGCCACAUCGAGUGGCACGUCGAGAUGGGCUUGACCGCCACCAUCAUCGAGGCUCCUGAGAGACUUCGCAACCUUACCAUCCCCGCGGACCACAAGGCCAUGUGCGACCGCCAGAACAUCCCGACCGCCGGCAACGCCGCCGGUAACACCCUGAACCCGCUCGACCAGACCGGCAUGAACAUGGUUCCGCCAUCCAACUACAUUGGUGCCACCUACAUUCCUGCCGGCAACCAGGCCCCGCCCCAGGCCCCGGCCAAGCUUCGCUCCCGCGUCAUCCGCGGCAGUCUCUGA